CCCUCUUGUAAAAAUAAUCCAUUUUUUCCAUUUUAUCUUUUCGCCUGGAAGCGAACAAAUUACUUUCAUUUUUAUACACAUCUUUAAUCUUAUUUUUUACCAUUUUUCCUUUCAUAAACAAAAUGAAAUUCUCAACAAUUCUCUUAGGUGUUGCCUUAUACAUGCUUUCACCAGUUUCAGCUGGUAUAACUACUAACACCCCAUUCGCUUCUGUAACUUGGGAAGGCGGUGAUGAUGAAGAUAUUAUCUGGGCUGACGAUGGCAAAGCUCCUAAAUUAGCAGAUUUAGGAAUUACAACUAUCGAUUUAAUGAUGGGUAAUUCUACAGUUCAAGUCUUUGUUGCAAAUAUUGCUAAAGUUCCAGCAACUGCUAAACGAGUUGAAUAUCACGUACCCGAGACCAUUGGUCCUAUCAGUAAUAAUUAUUUCAUUAAAUACACCGCGGGAACAUAUACCUCUUUCUCCGGAUCAUUUAGAAUCGAAGAUGUUUAUGGACAAGCUCCAAUAGCUGCUUCCCCAGCUCCCCCCACAGAUCCAGCAGCCCCACCAAAAAUAACUGAUCCUAAUACACCACCUGUAACAGGUGAUCCAAAAGCCGCAGUACCUGCUCCUAAUCCUAUCGCUGCUCCUAGCGCUCCUCCUGCUGGAACACCAAAGUCUACCAUUCCUAGCCCCGUUGCUGGUCCUACCCCUAGUACCGCUCAAAAUAAUUUACCAACCCCCAUUAGCAGUGAUGCUUCUAAUUUAUUUCCAAGCUUCUCUGGUGUAGCUGCCGCCGCAGUCGCUUUUGCCUUUACUUAUUUAUAUUAAAUGUAGUUUUAUUUAUUGAGGAACGUGUAUAUAUAUAGGACAAAAAAAAAAAAUCGCGCUUCUUCAAUUUAAAUUAUCACAUAGUUAAUUAAUAUAUAUGUAAUUGUAAUUUAAUAUGAAUUUUCCAAAAUAUAAAAUAUAAUUUAUUUUUUAAUUAGGUAAUUCACUUUUACUUUGUAACUCACUUUGUAUAACUUAUCUUUCAUAAUUCAUUUUACAUAAAAAAAUUUUUUUU